AUGAAUUCCCUCUAAUAAUUCUAACUCCUUUUGACAAACAAAGCUUCUAAUACUAAAAUGUUUUUGACUAGAUAGCAAAUUAUUGAUAAAGUCAAAAAAGAGAAAGAACUUUAACUAAUUUAAAAUAACAGAAUUCAAAACAAAAAAAUUUCUAAACCAUAAUCAGUAAUGAAAGUCUCUGUAGCUAAAUCAUCUACAUAAAAAUAAUCUUAACAGAAAAAAACAUUUAGUUGCUCUAAGUUUUAAAUUAAUGAAUUGGUUCCUGAUUAUGAAUUGAUUUGUAAAAAUACUCAUAAAACAUAAUAAAAUUCAUAAUCAACAUUAAAUACAGACUACUUUAAUUUUGUAAACACAAAAACUAAAGUCAUAAAAGAUAUAUAAGAUAGAUAAGAUGAAUUUUAAUAAAGUGAAUUUAAUUCUUCUUAAACUUUAUCAGGAUUAGGAUAAUAUUAAUAAAUGAAAAAUGAAUUGUUGAAAUCCUUUUUAGAUAUAGAAUAAAUGUUAUUAAGAAAAUCACAUUGA